AUGAAAUAUCUUUCACGAAGGAAGAAGCUUAGAAUGAUAUCAAUGUGCAUCGUCCGGGACAUGCAGAUCCUAAUUACUAAAGAUCCUGUGUGGUACAACGCAUCGGAUGAAUUGCCUCAAAAUAUUGUUACGUCUCAUGACAUGGAGCGGCAUGCUCGAUUUCGAAAAGCGCUCAGCACCUCAUUUACCGAGACUAGUCUGCGGAAUCAAAGCCCUUUGAUUGAAUCUUUUGCAGAUUUACUCAUUGAUCGCUUGCAUGAUUUAGCCAUGGAUUACACAUCCCCAAUCAAUGGCACAACCAUAGAUAUUUUCCAAUGGGCUAGCUGGUUCACAGUCGAUAUCGUUGGCGAGCUUGCGCUAGGCGAAUAUUUUGGUUGUUUAGCGAACAGCGAGCUUUAUCCCUGGGCCAACACCCUAAAUGAUUUUCUGAAAGGAAUAGUAUAUGCAGCGGCUACAAGAUGGUAUCCAUUGAUAGAGACCAUGGUUUUCCAAUUACCCCCAAAAAGCAUGAUGGAGAUGCAAAGUGAACAUGCCGAAUUCGCGAAUGAUCGAAUUAAUAAACGCAUGAAUCUGGAAAAACAGAAGCCGGACUUUGUUGCCUCGUUCAUGAAAGAUAAUUCGAACUUGGCUAUUCAUUUGGUGGCUGGGACAGAUGCAACUGCAACAUCGAUUUCAGGAACGCUACUCUACUUGGUUCAGAACCCCAAGAAGUUGGAUAAAGUUACUUUCCACCGUGAGGAGGAGAUUAAGAUCGCGACACUACGCAAUCUUCCAUAUCUCAAUGCGGUAAUAAAUGAGGGAUUGGGACUUACAAUCCGAUCCCGGGGGGUCUUCCUCAGAUUGUUCCCCCAGGUGGUGAUAUAUAUGCCGAUACGUUUGUACCGGCAGGGUAUAUCCGUCCGACCCUACACCAUGAGUCGCUCUGAGAAAUAUUUCUCUUCUCCAAAUGAAUUUCACCCAGAACGCUGGCUUCCGGCAGAAAUUCGACCAUCCGGAUUCGAUAAUGAUCAUAUUUUAGUGAGACAACCUUUCAGUGUUGGUCACUCUAACUGUAUUGGUAAAAGUUUGGCCUGGGGAAAGAUUCGACUUGUUAUCGCUAGGCUUUGGUGGACAUUCGAUGUGGCUGAAAGUGGGAAAAGACUCGAUUGGACGAAAUUGAAGACUUUGAUGAUUAUUCAGAAGGAGCCGAUAAUGCAUAAAAUCAAGAUCAGAGAUGGGAUUGGUGAAUUUAGGAAAGCGACUUGGAGCCGAGUUGGGCGAUGGUAG